UCUAGCGUCACUUUUAAAUUUUGAAAAUUAAACCGUUUACGACAUCAGACAGAACUGAACAACAGUCGUUUUCUGUGUUAGUGCUUAGUGUAGUGGUUAAAUAUUUUAAAUAAAACGAUUACAUGUGUUAUUAAUAUGUCAAGAAUACCUAAGUUACCAGUCCCAGCAAAAGAAAAUAGACCUGGACUCAUCAAUAGACGUCCAAUAUCAAGGACAGUAAAUGGCCUUAGUGCAGAUGACAAAAAUAAUUUGCUAUUAAAUCACACCAAGCCAGCUGUGGAAACUGGCCCAACAACUUCCACCACUGGGGCACGAUUCAAGAGGGCUGCUACAGGACCAGCAUCUUCCACAAAUGCAGCAAAAGUUGCUAAAGUUGAAAGAAAACCUCCAACAGUUGCCCCAAAGAUCCCACCUUAUGAUUACAAAGCAAGGUUUAAUGACUUGUUGGAGAAACACAAGGUGAUCAAGAAUGAUUAUAAUGACUUAAAAUACAAACAUGAAGAGGUUGCUGAUGACUACGAAAAAAUUAAAGAAUCUGUUGAAAGCAAUACUAGAGAGAAGGACAUGUUAAAGGAUAAACUGCUGAAUGCUUUAAAUGACUUAAGAGAAAGGACAACUGAAUUGGAUAGUAUUAAGCUUGACCAUGAAAUACAAAAACGCGAAAACGAAGAAUUGGUACGCAAAACAAAAGUUUUGGCUGAAGUGACUUUUAAUUUAAAUAAGAAGACUUCAGAAUUUGAUACACUACAGGAAGAAUUCAAUGAUCUGACCCGGCGUCAUGAUGCCCUCCAGGCGGAGGCCAAGGUAUUGAGAGAGAAAUCUGAAAAGCUUGCUACUCUAUCUGAAGAUUAUGAUAAACUUACUGUUGACUACAAAGAAGCAAAAAAGAAGAUAUCAACAUAUGAAGCUGAUGUAGAGAAACUGCAGAACAUUUUAGCUGGAAUGUACCAGGGUCAAAGAGAUCUGAGAAACGCUAUUCAGGAUCUUAAAGGUAACAUAAGAGUAUAUUGCAGGGUACGACCACCAUUAGAGUCGGAGACAAGCAAGCCAUUGUUUAAUCUCAAUGUUGUGGAUGCCUGUACUAUAGAAGUUGAAAAGGUUGAGUUGAAUGCGUUAUCCCAAUCAACAAGGAAGGGCAAAUCUCAACACACCUUCAGCUUUGAUGGUAUAUUUACACCACACUCAAAUCAGGAGACAGUUUUUGAGGAAGUUUCUAACAUGAUCCAGUCAGCACUUGAUGGAUACAAUGUGUGUAUCUUUGCAUAUGGACAAACCGGCUCUGGAAAAACAUACACAAUGGAAGGAGGUUGUGGGAUACACCAAUAUGGUAUUAUACCACGAGCAUUCAAUUUCAUGUUCACAUGUAUGGAGGAUCUAAAGAGAAUGGGCUGGCAGUUAACCAUAAAAGCAUCCUUCCUGGAAAUCUACAAUGAAGUAAUUUACGAUCUGCUGAACUCCUGCAAAGACCAGGUAAGCCAUGACAUCAAGAUGGUUAACUCCAAAGGGACUGACCUCUAUGUCUCAAACUUAAAAGAAGAGGAAGUUAAGAGCUCCCAUGAUUUUAUCAAGCUGAUGAUAUAUGCCCAACGUAACAGACAAACUGCCGCAACUCUCAACAACGAGCGAAGCUCUAGGUCUCAUUCAGUUACGCAAAUUAAGAUUUCUGCUGUCAACGAAAUACGGAAAGAGAAGUACACAAGCCAGUUAAACUUGGUGGACUUAGCCGGGUCUGAGAGCGGCAAGACCACUCAGAGAAUGGACGAGACGAAGCACAUCAACAGGUCUCUGUCAGAGCUGUCUAAAGUCAUUCUGUCUCUACAGACCAACCAGGCCCAUAUCCCGUACAGAAAUUCAAAGCUAACUCACCUGCUGAUGCCGAGUCUUGGUGGCAAUUCAAAAACCCUCAUGUUGGUCAAUAUCAACCAAUUCGAUGAAUGCUUUGGUGAGACUCUCAACUCUCUACGCUUCGCGACAAAGGUAAACAGCUGCCGAACAGUGAAAGCCAAAAAGAACCUAACAAUGGUUGAUACAUAGUUUAUAUUAUUGAUUUUAUCAUAUUGACAUGUUUAUUGUAAUUCUUUAAUUUUAUUGCAGUUCAAGUUAUUGGGUGAUUUCAAAGGAAAGGAUUUAUAAGUACAUACUGAUUAAGUUUAAAUAAUUUAUGUUAAUAAAUUUAAUAUAUUUGAUUUGAAUAGUAAAUUUAACCUCCAUUACAGUUUUGUGAUCUUCAUACAAGACUGUAUAAAAGGUAACACAUUUCAUAAAAUCAUUGGCACUAUCUCUCUGUAUUGACUUAAAUCGUAAUUUCGUAUCAUAUAACUUAACAUAUUAUUUUAAAACUUUCUUGAAAAGCGCCCAUUAGUUGAAUAAGAAACAUAUAAAUUAGAGAUGAGCCGAAUAUGGACUUUGCCGAAUACAAAUAUUCGGCCGAAUAUUCGGUUCAGCUCAUACCGAACCGAGUAUUCGGUUGGGCUAAAACUGCCUAAAAAGGGUGAAAACAAGUUCAUACAGGUUCGUGGUCUGCACUCAUCACGUGUUUUUGAUCCUUCCCCUUCCAACCGAUUGGGAAAUUUUUGUAAAAGAAACGGAACCAUCUCAUACCUGAGGGCCUACCGUGAACACCGAAGUUUGCAAAUUGCAUGCAUUUUUCUCUGUCACCCUAAGUAAUUGUGAUAUUCUCUAUAAAAAGGGACCUUAUUGUCGAUGGCGCUUACGCCAUUACAAACGAUGCUCCGAUACAAAUACAAUGCCGCGCGACGCUGUGCGGCGUAAGUGCCAUCGACCAUAAGGUCCCUUUUCGUAGAAAAUGCCCCAAUUACGCUAUAAUUGGAGUAAAACAGAAAGAUGCCCGCAAUUUGCGUACUUCGGUCUUCGUGGUAGGCCCUCUGAUCGCGGAGUGCACCCACGCCAGUUAGCGAACGCCCUUAAAAAAAUGUUUAUUCGGUAAAUAUUCGGCAUUGCGAACCGAACUAUUCGGCCGAAGUCGAACAUUGAAAAAUAUGCCGAAUACCGAAUAUUCGGCCCAUCUCUAAUAUAAAUAGACCAAGUAGUUUAUACAUAAAGUUUUAACUUUUAAUAUUACUUUUAUUGCUUUAGUUUUGUCUAAACACUUUACUGGUGAACAUGAGUAAUUAUCUAAUGGGGUUGGCAACUGUCAAAGGUUUGCAUAGAUGGCGCCGUCAUAACUUGCCCCCUUUUCUAUGAGAUUUGGCUUAAAGGGCUGGCAUCCAGGCCAUAAAACACCAUUAAAAAAACAAGAAUUUGACACAAUUCUAGGGAUUGACAGGGCAAGCUAUGCUGGCGCCAUCUUCUAAAUACUUCGACCGGCCAACCCCAUUAUGU